UUGAAGUGAUGAAUAAUAACAACACAGAAUUAGAGCAAGUUCGCGAUUUAGCUAUGGAGGAACGCGUGGAGGAGGAGGAGGAGGAAGAAGAGUUGGCUGAGAGCGCGAUGAGAAUUCAACCUUGGACAAAACAGAUCACUUUACGAGGAAUAAUUGCUAGUACAAUUAUUGGUAGCAUUUACAGUGUGAUACAAAUGAAAAUGAACCUCACAACUGGGAUCAAUCCUAAUCUCAAUGUAUCAGCUGCUCUUCUUGCCUAUGUUUUCAUUCAGGCAUGGACUAAGAUCAUUAAAAAGCUCGGGUUCGUCUCUGUUCCUUUCACAAGACAGGAAAAUACUAUGAUACAAACAUGUUCUGUCGCGUGUUACAGCAUUGCUCUUGGAGGUGGACUAGGAUCUUAUUUAUUGGGAAUGGAUAAGAAAACAUAUGAAUUAGCAGGGGUUGGAACAGUUGGAAAUACAUCAGAUAGUUAUAAGAAACUUGAAAUUGGUUGGAUGAUUGGAUAUCUUCUUGUAGUUUGCUUUAUUGGACUUUUUGUAUUAGUUCCACUUAGAAAGGUCUUGAUAGUGGAUUAUAAGUUGACUUUUCCAACUGGAAUGGCAACUGCUGUUCUAAUUAAUGGAUUUCAUGGAAAGAAUGAUAAAAAAGCUAGAAAGCAAGUGAAAGGUUUCCUCAAGUUUUUUUCCUAUAGUUUUAGCUGGGCUUUCUUUCAGUGGUUUUAUACUGGCAAACAAGAUUGUGGAUUUCAACAGUUUCCUACUUUUGGAUUAAAAGCAUGGAAACAAACAUUUUACUUUGAUUUUAGCUUGACUUAUGUGGGAACUGGAAUGAUAUGUCCGCAUAUAGUAAACAUAUCAUUGCUUCUUGGGGCAAUUCUUUCAUGGGGUGUUAUGUGGCCUCUCAUUGCAAAACUUAAAGGAGAAUGGUUCCCUGCUGAUAUAUCAGAAUCCAGUAUGAAAAGCCUUAAUGGUUACAAGGUCUUCAUCUCCAUCGCGCUCCUCCUUGGUGAUGGGCUCUACAAUUUUGUCAAGAUAUUGUAUUUCACACUGUCUAGUGUUCACGAGAGGUUCAAACGCAAAAAUCUAAGUCCAGAUAUAUCAGCAGCAGGAGUGAGGCAGAAGAAGAAAUCAGAGGAUGUGAAAUGCGAUGAAGCGUUUGUUAGAGAAAGAAUUCCAAUGUGGAUUGGAGGUGUAGGGUAUUUAGCAUUGGGGACUAUUGCUGUGAUUAUGAUUCCAUUGAUUUUCCAUGAGAUCAGAUGGUAUUGGGUGAUACUAGCUUAUCUUUUUGCUCCGUCUUUAGCUUUCUGCAACGCGUAUGGCUCAGGUUUGACUGACAUAAACAUGGCAUAUAACUAUGGUAAAGUAGGACUUUUCAUGAUGGCUGCAUUGGCUGGUAAAGAACAUGGUGUCAUUGCUGGUUUAGCUGGUUGUGGUUUGAUAAAGUCAGUAGUUAACAUUUCUUGCAUUUUAAUGCAAGAUUUUAAGACAGGGCAUUUAACAUUGACAUCUCCAAAAACUAUGUUUCUUAGCCAGGCUAUAGGGACAGCUUUAGGCUGUGUGAUAGGUCCAUUAUGCUUCUUUUUGUUCUACAAUGCAUUUGAUAUUGGCAACCCAAAUGGUGAAUUCAAGGCACCUUAUGCAUUGAUCUAUCGAAACAUGGCGAUUCUCAGUGUUCAAGGUGUUUCGGCUUUACCUCAACAUUGCUUGCAGCUGUGUUAUGGGUUCUUUGCAUUUGCUGUUGCGAUAAAUUUGGUGAAAGAUCUUUCUCCAGAGAAGAUAGGGAAGUGGAUGCCAUUGCCUAUGGCGAUGGCGGUGCCUUUUCUAAUUGGUGGUUAUUUUGGUAUUGAUAUGUGUAUAGGGAGUUUGGUUGUGUUUGUGUGGCAUAAACUUAACUCUAAAAAGGCUAAGGUGAUGGUUCCAGCAGUUGCUUCUGGUUUGAUCUGUGGAGAAGGUCUAUGGAUUCUUCCUGCAUCUAUACUUGCUUUGGCCAGGGUAGCUCCUCCAAUCUGCAUGAAAUUCUUGGCUUCUUGAAGAAUUUCAGUGUCCAACUGGUCCAUAAAAAUGAAAAAACUAAUGUACUGAUUUACAGGAGAAUUUUAA